CUUGUGUAGAUAUGUUGGGUCAUGUAAAUACGUAGCUGUUGAUAUGUAUUUUUCAACGGUUUUUUGGAGUGAUGACCGACUGAAGUCAGCUACAUAUUCAUGAAUCAUCAUGCUGGUUUGCUAAAAGAAGUUCUAUAUAAAGGAAGUGAUCCCAAGUUUUACAGAACAGUUUCAACGAAUGCUGCUUAAACAACGUCUUCAUUUACCGUUGUUAAACUUAACAAGGACAUACGCAACAAAAAUGUCGAGAAUUUCAGACGUAGUAUUUAAAGACCACAGAGAAUUACAGGAUCAAUACAAAAACAUCAAGGCUGCUAAAGAUGCCGACACAGCAAUUCGUUGGCAAAACCAAUUCGUUUGGGAAUUGGCGCGUCAUUCCUUAGGAGAGGAAAUUGUCGUUUAUCCAAAGUUUAAGAAAUACCUUGGAGACGUUGGCGAGGAAUUAGCAGAAAAAGAUCGAAACGAACACCAAAUCGUUAAAGAUUAUCUGUAUAAAUUUCAAUCUUUGAAUCCAAGUCAAACGGAAUUUAUCCCAACGAUUGAUUCUUUGAUGGCGAAUCUACAGAAACAUAUCGAAGAAGAAGAAUCUCAGGACUUUCCUCAAUUGGAGAGCAAAUUAUUAGCCGAUGAGUCCCAAGAGAUGGCUCAAAGCUUUGAAAGAACAAAAAUGUUAGUUCCUACACAUAGCCAUCCAUCUGCUCCUAACAAACCUCCUUUUGAAACUGUUGUCGGACUGCUUACCGCUCCCCUUGACAAGUUGCAAGAUUUAAUGAAGCGUUGGCCUCAAUAGGUUAUUUCAUAAUUGAUUUAAUGCCUUGUUUUUAUGGGCUACAUAACGAAUCAUGAUUAUAUUUAGUUUAGUAAAUUCACAUAUUUUUAACUCAAUUCAGAAAGUUCAAAUGUUG